AGAAUAAUAUAUUAUUCAUAAAAAAAAUAAAAAGAAAACAAACAAUUAAAUAAAUAAAUAUAAGUUAGAACACAAAGUAGAAUGAGUCAAUACGCAUAUGAUUUUAACCCAGCAAAAACUCAAAGUUUAUAAAGUAGACCAAUUGAGCAUAACAAAUUUUCUGCUUGGACAGGCGAUUAACUUUAUCGUACAUCUUACGGUACUCAUUGGACAAGCAAACCUUAAGAACCAAAAACCCAUGUACCACCUGGUUAUGCAGGAUACAUCCCUGGCUUAAAACCUAAUAAUCACUACGGAGCCUCCUAUGGUGAAAUUGCAAAGAACUGUUUGAGUAACCCUAAAGUUGCUCAAAAUCCAUUCAAACUUGCCUCAACUGGAUUCAAUUAUUAAAGACAUGAUUUUAGAGACCCUUCUUUAACAGCUACUACUCACAAAUUUGGAGCUCAAACUUUGUUAAAAAACCAUCCAAGCAUUGAUCAAAAAAGUAACUAAUGGUAAUCAUAAACUCAUGAUAGUUUUAGAAAUCCUCUUCAUAAACCCAACCCUACUUAUAGAGAAACAGAUAAAGAUCUUUAAACCUAAAAAUAUUUUACUAAGACAUCCGGUUUCUAACAAAACCAUACAACAUUUGAUCGUACAGGAUGGGUCCCAGAAAAAGUGCUUCAUGCUGACAGAACCACUUCUGAAUACAGAAUACAUUUCAAUAAAUAGGUACCUUUCCAUAGAGACACAGUUUUAUUUAAAGAGAGAAGACUUCCUCCUAAGGAAUAUAACUACAAGUACAUGGGUUGA